AUGGAUAUUGCAACAGGUCCCGAGUCCUUGGAAAGGUGCUUUACGCGGGGCCAGUCGGACUGCUCAAAGAUGCUGGACGGUAUUAAAAUGGAAGAUCACCCUCUGCGCUCGGGUGCGGCCACGUUAGGAGUGUUACUGGGCUCGGACUGCCAGCACCAGGCCGUGUGCGAAGGCUGCCAGCGGCCCAUCUCGGAUCGCUUUCUGAUGAGAGUGAACGAGUCGUCCUGGCACGAAGAGUGUUUGCAGUGCGCGGUGUGUCAACAAGCCCUCACCACCAGCUGCUACUUCCGGGACCGAAAGCUGUACUGCAAACAGGACUACCAACAGCUGUUUGCUGCUAAGUGCAGUGGAUGCAUGGAGAAGAUUGCCCCGACAGAGUUUGUGAUGAGAGCCCUGGAGUGUGUCUACCACUUAAGCUGCUUCUGCUGCUGCGUUUGCGAACGACAGCUGAGGAAAGGGGACGAAUUUGUUCUUAAGGAAGGACAGUUGCUCUGCAAAAGUGACUAUGAAAAAGAGAAAGAUUUGUUGAGCUCAGUCAGCCCAGAUGACUCGGACUCAGUUAAAAGUGAUGAUGAGGAUGGGGAUGUUAAACCCACCAAAGGACAAGUAACCCAAGGAAAAGGAAGUGAUGAUGGGAAGGACCCAAGGAGACCUAAACGACCAAGGACAAUACUUACGACACAGCAGAGACGAGCAUUCAAAGCUUCCUUUGAAGUGUCUUCCAAGCCCUGUAGGAAGGUCAGAGAAACACUAGCAGCUGAAACAGGACUCAGUGUGCGAGUUGUCCAGGUCUGGUUUCAAAACCAAAGAGCAAAGAUGAAAAAACUAGCACGAAGACAUCAGCAGCAGCAGGAGCAACAAAACUCUCAGCGACUAGGGCAAGAAGUGAUGUCCAACCGAAUGGAAGGGAUGAUGACAUCUUACACACCGCUUGCACCUCCACAGCAGCAGAUUGUAGCAAUGGAUCAAAGCAGUUAUGGCACAGACCCAUUUCAGCAGGGUCUUACUCCGCCACAAAUGCCAGGCGACCACAUGAACCCUUAUGGAAACGACUCCAUUUUUCAUGAUAUCGACAGUGAUACCUCUUUAACUAGCUUGAGCGACUGUUUUCUUGCCUCUUCUGAAGUUAACUCCAUGCAGGCUAGAGUAGGAAACCCCAUUGACAGGCUGUACUCUAUGCAGAGCUCGUAUUUCGCCUCAUGA